CGCGGCUGCGCGAGGAGCCAUCCCCCGCCCGGCGCGGCGCUGGGCUCGGCCCGAGACCGCGCGGGACGAGCGGCGCCACUCAACGGCGCCGAGGGUUCUGCGGGAAAACCGGCGCUGCCCCGGCGUUACCCCGCAGCCGUGAGGCGUCUCCAGCCGGAGGAACCGGGCUGCCUCCGCCAGGAGCCGGGAGGAAAAUGGCUCAAACAAUUGUACCAGCAUCAUCCAACCAUGAUGAGGAAUCCUUAGAAAGCAGAAUGGUGGUUACAUUCCUCAUGUCAGGACUUGAAUCAAUGUGUAAUGAACUUUCCAAGUCCAAGGCAGAAAUUGUCUGUAUUGGUGUAUAUGCAAGACACUUUUUUGUAGUUGGAACUGAGAGAGGAAAAGCCUUUGUCAACUUUAGGGAAGAUAUUAAGAAGGAUUUUACUGAAUACUGCAUUAAAGAGGACAGGCCUGCAGAACUGCAGAGAACAAAGACUACACCACCUGUAAACAGACAGACGGUGGAUGCUGAGGAGCUGGAGACUCUUAGAAAGUCUGUGGAAGACUUCUUCUGCUUUUGCUAUGGUAAUGCUUUAGGACAGUCAGCGGCGGUACCUGUGCCAUACGAAGAGAUUCAGAGCAACCAGUCUGUUGUGACAGUGCAGGGCCUGCCUAAAGGAAUCACAUUUAAACAUCCAUCAAAUUAUGAUCUUCCCACCCUGAAAUGGAUUUUGAAAAACAAAUCAGAGAUAUCAUUUACUAUCAACAGGCCUUUCCUGGAACCAGCGAACCACAUACAAGCUGAUACGACAGAUCCUUCACACUCAAUUACACCUCCAGGUGGAAGUUGUCCUCCUGUUAAUGUGAAAACGGAACCAAGCAAGGAUUCUGGAAUUUCUUCCAAAAAGUUGACAGGAACACUCAAGCAGGAAACAGAUGAUCCUAACUACUAUCAGUUUAAUACUCCAGCAGCCCCUUCCAAAACAUCAGAGACAGAUGAAAAAAUUCCUCCUGGAAAAAGUUACACAGAUUCCUCCCAGCAGGAUGCAUCAGAAACAAGUGAUGAUUCUGAGGCUGAAUUCACUAGUGGAGCCGCUGAUGAUGAUGAUGACGAUGAUUACUUACAUCCAGACAAUAGACUGCAGAGCACCACGCCAGCGAAUGAAGCUGCCAAUACUGAAGGACAACCAGAAGAGUUCAGUUUUGACUCCUCCCAGCAUGACGCUUUAGAAGCUAUUGAGAAACCUGAGGUUGAAGUCACCAUUGAAGAUGAUGAUGAUGACUACCUGCUCCCUGACAAGAGAUUGCAGAGCAGCAAGUCAGCUAAUGAAGCUGCCAAUACUGGGAAAAGAAAAGCAAACAAGCUCCAUUCAGAUUCCUCCCAGCAUGACUCAUCAGAAACAAGUGACGAUUCUGAUGCUGAAGUAUCUAGUGAAGAUGAUGAUGAUGAUGAUGAGUACCUGCCCCCUAGCAAGAGACCGAGGAGCAGCAGCAGACGGCGGCUGACUAAUGAAGCUGCCAGUAGUGGUAGAAGAAGAGCAAAAACGUUCAAUCGCAAUUCCUCCCAGCAUGAUUCAUCAGGAACAAGUGAGAAAAUUGAGGUUGAGGUCAUAUUCGAUGAUGAUGACCAUGACUUCCUAUCCCUUGACAAGAGUCUGCAGAGUAGCAAGUCUGCUAAUGAAACUGCCAAUAGUGAGAGAAGCGAUGCAGAAGAAUUUAGCUUUGAUUCCUCCUUCCAUGUCGCAUCAGAAACAAGUGAGAAACCUGAGGUUGAGGUCACCAUUGAAGAUGAUGACCAUGACUUCGUAUCUCCUGACAAGAGUCUGCAGAGGAGCAAGUCUGCUAAUGAAGCUGCCAAUAGUGAGAGAAAUGAAGCAGAAAAAUGCAAUUCAGAUUCCUCCCAGCAUGACUCGUCAGAAACAAGUGAGGAUUCUGAUGCUGAAGUAUCUAGUGAAGACGAUGACCUGGACUACCUACCCCAUAAGAAGAGAGUGAAGAGAACCAAGUCGGCUAAUGAAGAUGCCGAUAGUGAGACAAGUAGAACAAAGGAGUUCAAUUUUAACAAAUGGAAUGUACGAAUUUCAGACUUGAGAAGGGAAGUUGAAGAGGUGUUUGAAAAGAGAUAUGCUGAAGCUAUAAAAGCAGAAGGUCCAGUGUCUGUCCCAUACGGAGCGUUUCAGUCACAUUCAAAACACUUGGUUGUGGAAGGGCUGCCAGACGGGAUUCCCUUCAGAAGUCCGACCACGUACGGCAUUCCCCGACUGGAGAGGAUACUCCUGGUAAAGGAGCAGAUCCGCUUUGUGAUUAAAAAGCCUGAACUUCUGAGUUCAACAGAUGCUCCCGUGGACAAGGAAGGUUCAGAAGUCUCAAGUCCAGUGAAAGAGGAGUGGUAUGCCAGAAUCACCAAACUGAGAAAGACAGUAGAUCAACUUUUCUGUAAACAGUUCGCCAAGGCUUUGGGGAGUGAUGAACCCAAAACUGUUCCAUACAAGAAAUUUGAAGCUCAUCCAGCUGACCUUUAUGUUGAAGGGCUGCCAGAAAAUGUCCCCUUUAGGAGUCCCUCCUGGUAUGGAAUCCCUUGCCUUGAACAAAUAAUUCAAGUGGGCGACAGAAUAAAGUUUGUGAUCAAAAGGCCAGAGCUGCUAACUCACACUUCAGUCGAAGUUGGUCGCCCCAGGUCGAGAGUUCAAGCGAGAGAAGAUUGGAAUUCUAAGAUUUCAAAGCUAAGAAAGGAAGUAGAAGAUUUAUUUAGUGUGAAGUUUGGUGAAGCUCUGGGGCUUUCAGAGUCAGUGAAAGUUCCCUAUUCUGUAUUUGAAUCAAACCCUGAGUCCUUGGUCGUUGAAGGCUUGCCAGAAGGGGUCCCUUUCCGGAGUCCCACAUGGUUUGGAAUUCCACGCCUUGAAAGAAUCAUCCGUGGGAGUCGCAAAAUCAAAUUUGUUAUUAAGAAGCCUGAGCUUAUCAAUUCCCAUUUGCCUCUAAGAGUGGUUAAUAAACUAAAGAAAAAAGACGUUAGUCCAAGGAGUUCCAGAAGGUCACGAAGUUCUUCAGAAAAUUCAAGUAUCGCAGAGAUUGAAGUUACUGUUGAAGCCAGUCCUACUAAAGCACAAACAAAAGAUGGUCAAACUAAUUAUCAAACCAAUGACUCCAAUGAAAAUUUCAGGCAAAAUGGAAGAGAGUUUUCUUUUGAGGCGUGGAAUUCCAAAAUCAAUAACUUAAAGCAGAAAGUUGAAGAUCUUUUUAGUGAAAAAUGCGGGCAAGCUCUGGGACUCAGUGAGCCAGUGAGGGUGCCAUAUGCACUGUUUGAUUCCUUCCCAGAGGAUUUCUAUGUGGAAGGACUACCUGAGGGAGUGCCCUUUCGCCAACCUGCGACUUUUGGGAUUCCAAGACUAGAGAAGAUCCUGAGAAAUAGAUCUAAAAUAAAAUUUAUUCUUAAAAAGCCUGAGAUGGUUGAGGAAGCUAUCAAAGAAGAGUCUUCUACAAGCCCCCAAGGAAAAAAUAAUUCCCCCAGUAAAGCCGAUACAGCAAGGACCACAGAAAACACAGCUGCACGUGUUGAAGACCUCAACAUCGUUCAAGUAACUGUACCAGGUGAUGAAAGUGAGCGACUGCCAAAAGAAAAUGCCAGACAAUUGAGAGAGCAAGUAAAUGAACUUUUUAGCCAGAAAUUUGGUGAAGCCACUGGUAUGAAUUUUCCUGUGAAAGUUCCAUACAGAAAAAUCACUAACAACCCUGGCUGUAUUUUGGUGGAUGGAAUGCCUCCAGGUGUGGCAUUUAAAGCACCCAGUUAUCUGGAAAUCAGCUCAAUGAAGAAGAUUUUGGAAUCAGCAGAGUUUAUCAAGUUUACUGUCACUAGACCAUUUCCAGGACUUGUGAUUAACAAUCAGCUCUUGGAAGAAGCUGAAGCAGAAGCAGAAGCACCAGCACCAGCACCAGCAGCAACCACAGAGCCAGCUAAACCAAACAAAAUAGAAGUAUCUCUAGAAGAUAACACAGAAACAGAAGAAAAUUCUCAAAUGAAGCAAGAUCCAGACCUGAUGUCAUAGACCUCAUCAAUACUGGUCAGAAGCUUCCCGUUCUGAGAAGAGCCUGCUGGGCCUGUCCAGAGCUGUGUAAUAU